AAAAGUGGGCGGGAACGAUGUUGUGAACUGCUGGGUGACUGGUGUGCUUUGGAUUGUUUUUGGAGUUUGACCGCUCAAGGACCAAACAACAGGAUGGAGGUUGUUGAAGUAAAUUUUUAGCAGAGAGAACAAAUGAUUUGGAAAUCUGGGUAACGAAGAGCCGAAACGUAUUACGUUUGGAGAACAUCAGUUGGUGUUCUCUUGAAGUCAUGGAGCCUUCACCUCCUGGCAGUCUGCCCACCUCAAAACUCAUCUCGUCAUCCCACACCGUAAUGAGUCCAGACCCUUCAUCGCUUGACUCGUCUACCUCGUCAACACCAGACAGACAUAAACCUCAGCUCACGAUGCCCACCCCCCCAACCACUCCAUCUUUUUCUCCCUCCACUGCUUUCCCUCAGACCUCACCUCCUCUUCUCUCCCGUUCUUCAUCACUGUCCUCACCCACAUCAUCGCCUUUGCACCAACCAGUCAGAAGCUUCUCAAAGAUGGGCAGAUCUCAGCUUAACGCAGCAUCUACAGAGAAUGGAAAUGUGCCACAAACGCCUACCACACCUGAAGCAGAAGAAACAGAGGAGACGAGUUUUGAGAAUUUGGAAGAGAGCGCAAAGUCCGGAGAUGCAAAGGCACAAGCCAAGAUGGGCCGUUACUUCCUUGCCCUGGCAGAGCACAGCGAUGAAGAGCUGAACAACUGCACAGCAGUCACUUGGCUCAUUCUGGCUGCGAAACAGGGCCGCAAAGAUGCCGUCAAGCUGCUGAAGCAAUGCUUAGCUUUCAGAAAAGGCAUCACUUUGGAGAACUUUGAGGAGGUGAAGAAGUUGUGUACAGAGACACAGUUUGAGAGAGGAGUCAGGAAGGCAGCACUCCUCAUGUACUGGAAGCUCAAUCCUGAGAGGAAGAGGGCUGUGCCCGUUUCAGAGUUGUUAGAGAAUGUUGAACACGUCCACACUGAACCAGGCACACCUGUCUCACCUGGUCCUCUCAAUAGCUCAGCUAAGAAACAAAGACGGGUCCUGGAGACGAUGGUCACCAGUGAAGGAAGUUCCCAUGUUGGAAUUGACGAGUUUGUGGAGAUGACAAAGAAGUACGCUCAAGGAAUCCCCCCAUCCCCUGUCAUGGCUGCCGUAGCAGACGACGACGAUGAUGAUGAUGAUGUGGUCGUGAAGAACCCAGAUGAACUGCCUCUGCAUCAGAAGCUCCUGAAGUUUCCUCUGCACGCCCUGCUGGAGAUCAAGGAGCAUCUCAUUGACUGGGCCUCCCGCGCUGGCAUGCAGUGGCUGAGUGCCUUGAUCCCCACCCACCACGUCAAUGCACUGAUCUUCUUCUUCAUCAUCUCCAACCUCACAAUCGAGUUCUUCAUCUUUGUCAUCCCUCUGCUGGUUUUCUACCUGUCCUUCUUCUCCAUGGUGAUCUGCACUCUGCGCGUGUUUCAGAACUCAAAGGCAUGGGAAAAUUUCCGGGCUCUCACUGACCUGCUGGCUCAUUUUGAACCUGGUCUGGAUCUGGAGCAGGCAGAGACUAACUUUGGAUUGACUCAUUUGGAGCCUUACCUGUACUUCCUGCUGUCUGUGGUCUUUGUAGUUUUCUCCUUCCCUGUGGCUGAUAAAUCCUGGAUUCCCUGCUCAGAGCUAGCUGCAGUUGCGCUCUUUUUCACCAUCACAGCCUUCCUGAGCCUCCACGCCUCCGCCCAGCUGUUUGCUCGGAAAGCCCUCCUCACGGAGGUCUUUUCUGGAGCCUGCUCUCUUGCCCACCUCCUGCCAGACUCUCUUCGGUUCUUGAAGGUGUUUGGGGUGACAUUCGUCACAGUGCCUCUUGGAGACACUGUGGCAAUAAACGUGGGGAUGCCAUGUCUGCUGUAUGGCCACCUGUUCUACCUCCUGUUCCGCAUGGCACAGCUGAGAGGCUUUAAGGGCACCUACCUGUGCCUGGUCCCCUACUUGGUCUGUUUCACCUGGUGUGAGCUUUGUUUGGUGUUCCUCAAAAAUGCCACAAUCAUAGGACUCAUCCGGACUUUUGUGGGCUACUUGCUCUUCCUGUUUGCUCUUCCUGUGCUGUCACUGGGUCUGGCAGCCAUGCUCAUGAUCCAGGUGCUGCAGUGGUUCCUUAAGCUGGAGCUGGCCAAGAUGGUGGUCACACUGACCGUCUGCUUUGUUCCAGUCGUGCUCCGGCUGUGGACGCGAUUCAGUCUCAACCCUGUCGUGGUGGUACGGUCUUUAUCGCGGAGCAGCAUUGUGAAGCUCAUCCUGGUGUGGCUCAGCGCAGUGAUGCUCUUCUGCUGGAUGUACGUCUACAGGUCUGAGGGCAUGAAGGUGUAUAACUCCACGCUGACGUGGCCUGAAUACAGCAACCUCUGUGGUCCACUGGCCUGGAAAGAGUCCAACAUGGCUCAAACCCAGAUCCUGUGUUCUCACCUGGAAGGGCACCGGGUCACCUGGACAGGACGCUUCAAGUACGUCCGUGUGACCGACAUCGAAAACGGCGCACAGUCCGUCAUCAACCUGCUGCCUGUAGUUGUGGGUAACUGGAUGAGAUGCCUCUACGGGGAGCCCUACCCUAGCUGUGAUGGGGGGAGGAGUGCCUCCCCUGAGCCCCAGCCGUUCCCCGCUCCCUCUCCUCCUCCUCAAGAUCCACUCUGUAAACUUAAAAAACUGGCCAAGCAUGAAUGCCACAUCAAACGAUUCGACCAUUACAAAUUUGAAGUCACUCUUGGAAUGCCCUUAGAGAAGAAGGCCAAGGAUGGCACGCUCAUCGAGGACGAGGACACCACAAAGGACAUCGUCCUUCGGGCGAGUAACGAGUUCAAGUCGGUGCUCUUACAGUUGAACACCGGGAGCCUGGUGGAGUUCAGCACCAUACUGGAAGGGCGUCUAGGCUCCAAAUGGCCCGUAUUUGAAAUGAAAGCCAUUCACUGUUUGUCUUGCAAUGACGGCAGAGUUUCCAGCCGCAGGCAAUACAAAAUCGAACACGACUGGAGGCGCACGGCCCAGAACGCCCUUCAGUUUGGCUUUGACUUCUUCUUUCACCCCUUCCUGACUGCCCAGCUGGAGCAACACUUGGACACAGAAAUAGAUACGGUGUCACAGGAGGAUGGGUAGAGGAACUUGUGCCAAAAAAAAGAUGUGCUUUAAAACAAACAAAUCACUUUCAGAUGAAAGACGGUUGCACAACACUAUUCCAAUUAACACAAAUGUCCAAUCACUGAAGGAGAGUUCCUGACAUCCUGAAGCACUUUUAAUACUUGUAUGAGUCUGGGUUUUAAGUCAAAUUAUACACGAUUCAACAAAUCUAAAGCACUAAUGAGGUCACGAGGAAAACCAAAAUCACUCAUUUUACUUUUUCAAUUCAAAAUUUCAAUUCGGUUUUCUGUUUUAUUCCCAUUUGUUUGCAUGUAAAUCAACAUCCUGACAUAAUUGACAACCAAAAUCAUCAGUAUUAAGAUUGUUUAUGUUGUUUAUGAAGUUUAUGGUAUUAAAAUAUAUUCCACUUAGCCUCAAAACUGCUAAAAGACAAGUUUAGCUUUAAAAAUCACAAUUAACAAGUAAUGAAUGUCAUAUAUGCUGUCAGCAUUUCCUUUAUAUAGAAUGUUUGCAGUGGUUUUGAAGUGGUCCGAUUUAAGUGCCUUUAAUGUUUUGGGGGUUUUUUUGGAGGGGGGGUGGGUUAAUCUCUUUGGGCACAUGUGAUUUGAACAGUUGCUGUUCUCUAUCCAGUGGGUUGUUUCCCUCUCUGCCAUGCAGGGCUUUAAUAUACCCAGUUAGUUCAAAACUGAAGACUAUGGCUUUGUUUACUCUGACCUAAAAUGAUGGAAGAUGGUGUUUAUUUUGUUAAGUACACAUUUAAGAAAACCCUUCAGGCUGCUAGAAAAGCUGGUCAUGUUUAGUGCAAUGGACUUUUUCUUUUCUGUAGGAUUUUUCAUGUCUGAGUAAGAAAAGACUUAGGUCCUUCUGUUUCAAGCUGGUUGUUCAUUGAGCUUCCUGGCUCUGUGUCACAUUUUUGUAAUGAUCAUUUUAAUAGUGGAGGCCUGUGCUUUCCUGCUGCCAUGGGAACAGCUCAGUUAUUAGAUUUAUGCUGCAAAGAUUAGGAAAUAAAUGUCACGUGAGGUUCAAAAUCAACAAAGCGAAAUAACUUGAAGUUUGUUGAAUCUAAAGAAAAUUCUGAAGUGUUUUACUCUAUAAACUGCUGGUACUUAAAUAAAUGAUUGUUUUUUGUGUGUUUUUAGUUUUAAAGUCUGUGCAAAUAAAAUAAAAAACAUAAUUGUUCUAUUAUUGUUUCAUGUAGUACCACCUUUGCACAAAUGAUCAAUAAAUAAUAAAAAAUC